AUGGGACGACGACAACUCCGUCGCUACACCAUCACGCACAACCACGGAGUCCCUGCUGGAGGUGCGCAGUCUCGAAGACGGUCUUUGCCUAAGACGUACUCUGCGCCCUCGACCGACUUUUUGACCUCCUCGUUCCACGCCGCCAUACCCAACUCGAUACCCUCGAAUCGACUAGAAAGACUCAACGAAGCCGCGCAACGUGUCUAG